AUGGACAUUCGCGACAUGGUUGCCAGUAGCGGGUUUCUAAGCUACGGCUUGUGGCACCCUCUGGAGUCUCUCUCGAGCGUCGGCCCGACACUAAACGAGGCCACUUUCGGCCUUCUCGGUUCCUCCUUCAAGCCCGAUCGCGACAUCCCUAGCCUGGAAGGCAAGGUAAUCCUACUCACAGGAGGAAAUGCAGGAAUCGGCAAAGAAACAAUCCGCCAGCUCUCCAAGCACAACCCAUCGCGAAUCUAUCUCGCCGCGCGCACCGAAAGCAAAGCCCGCGUAGCGAUAGAAUCAAUCCAGAAUGAACUUUCCUCCCCUAUCGACAUCCGUUACCUCCCACUAGACCUAGGCUCCUUCAGAUCGAUCCGCGCGGCCGCGGCCCAGUUCCAGGCCGACAGCGACCGGCUAGACAUCCUCAUUCUCAACGCGGGCACAAUGGGUAACCCGGCGGCAAAAACAGAAGAGGGAUUUGAGGUGCAGCUGGGCACGAACCAUGUGGGUCAUUUCCUGCUCACGAAGCUACUUCUUCCUACGCUACAGGAGACUGUCGUGCGGGAUCGCGCGAAAGGCGUCACACCGGAUGUUCGCGUUCUGAGCUUGGCGUCCGUCGCGCAUGCCGUUAGCCCGACAACGUUUGAGGGGAUUACUUCUACAGAAUCGCUUUUGGCGGGGAGUACUUGGUACCGGUAUGGUGCAUCUAAGGCUGCGAAUAUUUUCUUUGCAAAGGAGCUUGCGAGAAGGUAUCCGGAGAUUAUGUCGGUUGCUGUGCAUCCUGGUGCUGUAAAUAGUGACUUGUAUGGGCAUGCUAAGGCUCUUGGCUUCUCCAUGAAGCAUGGUGUAGAGAUGGUUGUGGGACUUUUCUUUAGGAGUACUCCUACCGGUGCUUUUAACUCCCUGUGGACUGCUACUACUGCCAAAGAGAACUUGGUUAAUGGUGCUUAUUAUACGCCUGUUGGAUAUCGCAGUACAGGUACUGCUUUUGUUCAAAGUCCGGAUAUCCCUGAGAAGCUUUGGGACUGGACUGAGGCUCAAAUUUCUAAGUGUGGCUAA